UGCAUUUUAACAAUUAUAUUUGUAAAAAUAUAUAAUAAUAAUUAUGGCCAAAAAAGUUAGUAAAGAAAAAUCGAAAGUAGAGUUGGAUACAGUGAGUGUAUUUUGUAGACUAAAACCUUUGAAGGAUGAUACUGAAUUGUCUUGUAUAAAAUUGAUAUCACCAACAGUGAUAUCUUUAACGUGUCCAAACGAAUCUAAAGUUGUUCGUAAAGAUGCUCAUUACACGUUCAAACAUAUUUUUACAUCUUACUCAUCACAACAGGAAGUUUUUGAUCGAGUGGCUUAUCCAUUAUUGGAAAAUUUAUUUAACGGAAAAAAUGGACUGUUAUUCACUUAUGGUGUCACCGGUUCUGGAAAAACAUAUACUUUAACAGGAGAACAUUAUAAUCCAGGCAUCAUGCCUAGAUGUAUAGAUACUAUUUUUAACUCGAUAAAAUCCAAUCAACUGCCCAAAUUUAUGGUCAAAUCAGAUAGAAUGAAUGGGUUUGAUGUCCAAAAUGCAAAUGACGCAAAAGCAGAAUCAUUAUUGGAAAAUAAAUUUAGCAAAAAGAAUAAAAAGAAAGGAGAAAAAUUGCCCUAUACUUAUGAUGGUACAGCAAUUGUAGAAAUCAAUGCAACAAGUAUGUACACAGUUUUUGUCACUUAUAUAGAGAUAUAUAACAAUACUGUGUACGAUCUAUUGGAUGAGUCCGGUACAAAAGUUUUACAAAGUAAAAUUUUGAGAGAAGACUCUCAGAAGAACAUGUACGUAAAUGGAGUUGUUGAAGUUGAAGUCAAAAGUGCUGGCGAAGCAUACGAAUUAUUCAAUGCAGGUCAUAAAAGAAAACGAAUGGGUAACACCUUAUUAAACGCGGAAUCCAGUAGAAGUCAUUCCAUUUUCAAUAUUAGACUUGUCCAAUUGGGAAACGUCAACAAUAGUAAUGUUCUCCUGACAGAUGAAAACUUUCUGAAAAUUGGUCAAUUGAGUUUUGUCGAUUUAGCUGGAUCCGAAAGAUGCAAUCGCACACAAACAACGGGGAUGCGAUUGAAAGAAGCGAGUUCCAUCAAUAACUCCUUGAUGUCAUUAAGAAACUGCCUCGAGAUUUUAAGAGAGAAUCAAGUGAAUAAUUCGAACAGACUGAUUCCUUACAGGGAAAGUCGAUUAACGCACAUCUUCAAAAACUAUUUUGAGGGCGGCGGUAAAGUUGAAAUGAUCGUUUGCGCAAAUCCAACUGCAAACGAUUUCGAAGAGAAUAUGCACGUGAUGAAAUUCGCAGAAAUCACUCAAGACGUUAAAGUAAUUAAACCGGAAUCAAGAUACACUCCUUACAGAAAAAUCUGCAAAGCAAAGGAAGCAAAUGAUACACCGGUAAAUAAAGUGAAGACUUUGUCUCAUGGUACAAAAAUACCGUAUAUUAAAUUGGAUCCGGAAAAUAUAGACGAUUCCAUAGCUUCGAUACAUAAUUUAACAAAAAUAUUGCUGAGCAGAAAGAGAAACAGUGUAGUACACAAUCGAGAGUUAAAUAUGAAAGAGAAGCAGUUGAGAGAGAAAAUAUGUUCCAUAAAUCAAGAACACAACGCGAAUUUGAUCGAAAUGAAAAAUGUUCAGCAGCAAUUUAAUAAAAUGAAAAGAAAAUGCCAUCGGCUGGAAACGAAGGCGCAGGAAUUGCAAAUGCUCAAUGAAAUGGUGCAAUGUAAGAAAGAAUCACAUACAGAUACAUUUACAACUCCACCUUCGCAGCGAAAAGAAACGCAUUACAAUAAGAGAACAUUAGAUAGUCAACGUCAAAAAAUAUCAACUGUUAAACAGGAUAAUGCCAAUUUCGAGUAUAACAAAAAAAUGCGUAAGCACAGAGAAAAUACCGAACUUGCGAAUACCGACGAGAAAGUCAAAAGGGUCAGAGAAAUGUUGGCUAACAGUGAUAUCAGCGUGAUACGUGCUAAACAAAAAUUCGAAUCAUUAUUUACAGAAUCUACUAACAAAAUGUUCACACUUAAAGGAAGUAGUAGGAAACAAAUAAGACGUUCAAGAUCCGUGGAUAAUGUAUUGCGGAGGCAGAAUUCUGAUGAUAUAUCGGAAUAGUAUUAUAAAUGUUGUUGAUUAGUUUA